AUGGCACGCACUCCAGCAGCCCCCCCUCGCCUCGCGUCGCUCUACCUCCUGGUAGCUGCUACCGUGGUCGUGCUGUACGCCGACGCGCAGAGAGACUGCACGGGAACCUCACAGGCAUGCGUUGAGAGCGACGUCUGCCUCGAGUGCACCUCCUUCACCUCGGGCGAUUCUUUCCUGGACUGCUUGGCGGGCAUCGGCGCCGAGUUCGGUUCCUGCGAGUACGUGGAGCAGCAGGCAUGCUGCUUGAACGAGGUCUCCGGCAUCGACUGCGUGAGCGACCCGGUUACCUUCGAGUUCUUCGAGUGCCUCUACGACCCGACAGAGGCAUGCGACGGGGGCUGGACAUGCAACGGCGACACCACCAACGGCGGCGACACGACCCCGGCCCCGGCCCCGGCCGCUUCCGGGACGGACACGCCUGUCGCCGGCGGUGGCGGCGGGGCUGAGACCGCGGCGCCCGCCGCGCCGACUGCUGCUACGACUUCUGCCGGCGUAGAUGACACCAUGGCGCCCUCCGCCACCGACGGUGGCAUGUCGCCCGCGCCGACUGCUUCCACGACUUCUGCCGGCGUAGAUGACACUAUGGCCCCGAGUUCCGCAGACGGCGGCGUGGAGCGCGCGCCGACUGCUACCACGACUUCUGCCGGCGUAGGUGACACCAUGGCGCCCUCCGCCACCGACGGCGGCAUGUCGCCCGCGCCGACUGCUUCUACGACUUCGGCCGGCGGAGAUGAGACCAUGGCCCCGAGUUCCGCAGACGGCGACCGCGCGUUGGACAUCACAACCGCCCCUUCUUCUUCUGCUGGUGCUGCUAUGCCGUCCGCUACUACUACGACUACUUCGAUGGCCGGCGAGAGUGAGACGAUGGCGCCAACGGCCACCGGCGACGGCGACCGCGAUUUGGACGUCACCCCCUCCCCCGCCACCGGCGAAGCCGGCGGAGGUUCCGCCCCUACCGCUUCCGGAGCUGACGAGACCGAGGCGCCCACCAGUGCUGCGGGUGGGGUGGACACUAGCGCGGCCCCGACCGCCGUCGGCGAGGGCGAAGACGGUGACGCCACCGACACGACAUCGGGGGGACGCGGCCUCCUGUCGUCGAGCGUCACCACUGUGGGAGGCGUUGUGGCAGGCCUGCUCGCGUUCUCGGCCGCCGCCGUGGUUGUGUAA